CCGCCCUCUUCGGUUAAUCAUUACAGCACUCUAUGAUAUAUAAAAAGUCAGAAAAGUUGGAAUUUCCCCUGUCAUUGGUCCUGUCACAAUGUCCUUCUCUGGAAAAUAUCAGCUGGAAAGCCAAGAGGGCUUUGUGCCUUUCAUGAAGGCUAUGGGUCUUCCUGAUGACCUCAUCGAGAAAGGCAAAGACAUCAAGAGUGUCUCCGAGAUCGAACAGAAUGGAGAUAACUUCAAAGUGACAGUAACCACAGGGAGCAAAGUUAUGGUUAACUCCUUCACCGUAGGACAAGAGUGUGAACUGGAGACAAUGACUGGAGAAAAAGUCAAGGCCAUAGUGACGAAAGAGGGCAACAAGCUGAAGACAAAUCUGAAGGGUAUUGACUCAGUCACAGAGCUUGUGGACGCCAACACAAUUGUGCAUACCAUGACUGUGGGCAACGUGGUCUUCAAGAGAACCAGCAAACGCAUGUCAUGAUAAACACUGGUCUUUUUAAAUAAAAUUGAGUACAUUUUUCCACA